CGUCAUACAAAGUUUCAAAAAUGGCUGAAACUGAGCAAAAUGGAAGCAUAAACUACACAAAUAUUGUGGCGACUAAUAUAGCACUAGAAAUGAUAAAUGAUAGACAUAUCGAAAGUAAUAAAACUUUAGAUUUAGCUCAUGUAACCGUAAAAGAAAAGCUAACAGAUUCGGAAGGUUGCAAUGACGAAAGAAUACCCCAAACUGAAAGUAGCGAUGACCAAUCGAUGCAAGCAACAGGUAGUACAAACCCAAGCCAAAACCAAAGUGACACAAGUUGUACAAGUAACGAAAGUGCAGGAUAUUUCACGGAAAAUUCAGAAAAUUCUCUACAAUUUGUUGAUUUUCAACAACAAUCUAAUGGCGUUACAGCAAUACCGUAUCCUGUACAGCAACAUCACCAACAAACAAUGUCUUAUUACAUGUACAAUGGGCAACUUUACAAUGCAAUAACACUUUAUCCUUAUGCACAACCAGCAACCAUGUAUCCGGCAUAUGAUGGACAAAAAAUGAUUUAUUACCCGAUGCAACCAAUUUAUGCACCUGCCUGUAACGAAUAUGACCAAACAACGCUCCAGAGUUGCUGCGAGAACACUGUGUUGACAUCAGGAUAUGAUGAAGAAAGAAAUGAAGGUACACAUAAUUCUACAGACACUGCUUCGGAAAUCGAAAUAAAAAGUGAAACCGACGUUGAUUCAAUAGAAAUAGACAGUGGCAACAAUGGCGAUGGUUCAAAUCUGAUAACAAAAACAGAUAGCCAACAACAAUCAAAUAAUCAACAGCAAAACGAUUAUCAACAAGUUGAACGAAAUACGUUUGAUUCAGAAAUGACCAACUCUUUCAGUUCUAGUUUGUAUUACAACCAACAUCAAGAUUAUGCCUACAGUAAUGGAAAUACUAUCGCUGAUCCCCAUCAACCGUACGUUUAUUCAAAUUAUCAACAAACUGAAGCUAAUAUUAUACAACCAAACAUUCAGUAUCCCAAUGCAGUUUUAAAUCAAGUACAAGACGACUAUGGACCAAACUUACAUUCUCAAGCUUCAGAGAAAAAGAAGUUUCAGUACCCUGCUAUUUAUGUUUCAACAACAGGACUUAUUACCGUGCUCAUGAAGCAUGAUAUAUCAGUUGAGACCACUGUCGACCAAACUUUGCGACUGGUCAGUCACCAACAGAAACUAGUUGUUUCGAUAAACAAUCGUGGAAAUGCAAGUUAUUUGUUCCACCCAGCAGCACACAUUAUGCAAGAUCUUACGACGACAGAGGCCGAAAUAUUUCUCGGUAGGAAAGUUAAAAUGGCAACCGAUUACAUAACAUUUGCAAAUAACUUUAGCUGUUACAAGUUUGAUUAUGAUGAAAUUGAUAAAACGACCCCUCAGUUUUCAGAUUUGUCAAAAGAUAGGUCUGUGAAUUUUCUCUUUGCAGACAAUCAGUCGAAUCCAGAAAUUUUACAACAAUGUUCAGAUAUCAUAUCAAGGGCAGAAUACGAACGUAACCAGAGAGGUGGAAUCUGUAUUCGAAUAAACGGCUAUAAAAUUGUUCAAACUGUAAAAGGUGACGUGAUAGUAUCCGGAAAAGGUAAAUACCUCCGCAUGUCUCCUAUCACUUCUGUGUUGCGUUUAGAUACGAAUUUUGUUACAAUGGACGUUGAAAUGAACUGGAAUGUCAGGAUAAAGAGAGGUGCUCAUACACUCAAUGCUAGUCAUCUAGGGUUAGUCGUUUCAAACGGUAAAGUCGAAGCUGCCUUUGACGAACGGAAUAAAGUCCACGCGUGUAAACUGCCAAGUCGUCGACCUUUAUUGAUAGGAGGAACCAACAAUCGUAGAAGUAGAGAACUUUCACCAGUCGAUUGAAUUUUACCAAGAUAUGCAAAAUAUAACAAUUGAGAACUGUUGAUCAGUAUCUGUGAUAUUUUUUUUUUAUCAAAUAAUAUAAUAAAACUAAUUCU